GUCAAGAAGAUGACUUCGUCCAGUCGCGCGCUGGUGUUGGCGCUGGCCAUGGCGCUCUCCGUUGUGGAAAUAACCUCGGCAGAGACGCUGUGUGGGCGAGAGCUGGUGGAUGCGCUGCAGUUUGUCUGUGAAGACAGAGGCUUCUAUUUCAGUAGGCCAACCAGCAGGGGUAGCAACCGGCGCAACCAGAACCGUGGGAUCGUAGAGGAGUGUUGUUUCCGUAGCUGUGACCUCAACCUACUUGAGCAGUACUGUGCCAAACCCGCCAAGUCCGAAAGGGACGUGUCGGCCACCUCUCUGCAGGUCAUACCCAUGAUGCCCGCAUCCUCCACCACUGUGAUGUCUUUAGAGGGCGGGAUCGUGAGGUGA